GUUAACCCCAGAGCCAAAAAACCUCUGAUAAAUAGCUGUUAAAUUUAAAUAUGUUUUUGUUUUAAUAGAACAAAAGGGGAAAUUAGCCCCCAUAUUCAGUUAUUCUGCACCCCGUGGCCAUCACACUCUGGCCUCAGGGCUACAAGGACACCAGCAUCAGGGCCCCAAUCAGAGCCUUCUGCUCCCCAGCCACUCUUUCGUGCCCCCUGUGGGGCAGGAGCUCCUGGAGUGACAGUCCCUACAAAAAGUGAUGACAGAAUACAGGCUUGCGGUGGUGGGUGCUGGAGGUGUGGGAAAGAGUGCCCUGACCAUCCAGCUGAUCCAGAAUCGUUUUGUGGAUGAAUAUGACCCCACCAUAGAGGACUUCCAUCAAAAACAGGUGGUCAUUGAUGGGGAAACAUGUCUGCUGGACAUCCUAGACACAGCGGGUUGGGAGGAAUGUGGUGCCGUGAGGGACCAAUGCAUCCACACAGGGGAGGGUUUCCUCUGUGUGUUUGCCAUCAACAGCACCAAGUCCUUUAACAACAUCCAUCAGUACAGGGAGCACAUCAAAUGGAUAAAAAACUCGGAUGACGUGCCAAUGGUGCUGGUGGGGAAUAAGUGUGACCUGGCUGCUCGUACUGUUAAGUCUUGGCAGGCCCAGGACCUUGCCCGCAGUUAUGGCAUCCCCUACAUCGAAACAUCAGCCAGGACCCGGCAGGGUGUGGAGGAUGCCUUCUACACACUUGUCCGUGAGAUUCAGCAACACAAACUAUGGGAGCUGAACCCUCCCAAUGGGAGUGGCCCUGGCUACAUGAGCUGCAAGUGUGUGCUAUUGUGACAUCAGAUGGCAGUACUACAGCCAAUGGUUGUUCUGCUCCUCCUGGCUUCUGCUACAGCUCAGAGGUCUCAUUCCCACACCACCGCUGCCCCCACAUCCUUCGGCCUCCCCAUCUUCCCUGCAGCAGCCUCUGACACCCACCCCAGGAUAACUCUACCACCUGCUUCCAGUAUCGGCUACCACUUCCCAGGGCCCCACUACUGGCUCCUCAACGUCCUCGGAGCCUGGGAACAAUGGCGACUAUACUGAGAUGGCCUUUAGUGUGGCCGCACCCCACCGCCAUAGACCAACCUGCUUUUCUGCCACAGCCCUUGGACGUACAACCAAUGGUGAAAGUGACAUCCGGCACCCGGGGCUGAGGUUAAAACUGUCUUUUCUGCUGCUGUUGCUGAGUGAAGCCCCGCUGGACCUCUGCUUCUCAAGGGAUGCUUACUGAGAGAGGCUGUAUGUGGAACAGCGUAUGGCAUAUCUCUGCUCUAUGCUUUUGAAGAAGUCCCCAGCUUUCACUUGGGCCAGCAUCUUUCCACACACGGCUGCAUGAAGAUGAUUAGAUCUACAUCCAAGAGGACACUAACCUUCUCUACUUCAACCAAAAGCCUGGACCACAGUUCCUGGGAACAGCUCAACAUUCACAAUGGUGGCUUCCCCUUGCUCACCAUCUUCCUCCAGGUCUUCGUGGGGUCCGCAACCCAGCGGGAGGAUGGAUGUCAUUGGACAGGCUGUGCCUGUGUGUACUUCUCCUUCAUCAAAGACUCCUUGCCAGCGUGUAGCUCCCUCAAAUCCCAGGACCUCUGGGCUCUAAGAGGGGGAAAGUCUGCCCUUCUGUUGCAACCCAGACAGCUUGGAGGUGAGUACUCACUGGGCCCUGGACUGAGAGUUUCGGGAGAAGUAUGUGCUGGAGACCAAGUGCAGAAUGGACACUGGUGACCAUGUAUGAUGAGGACAACUCAACACCAACCUUCUCCGGAGGUGUGGGGCUGACAGUUCUCCAUGGGACUGGACUCAAAGAUGGACUGAUCCUAAUAAUUCCUAAAUGUGACUAAAACAGCCUCCUUUUAAAAAUCAUCAGCUGUUUUUGGGGGUAGGGGUCGGGAAGGAUAACUCUCUCUUUAUACCUUUAACUGGUUUCUUAACUCUUCUCUCUGUGAAUGUUCAUGUAAAUACUUUAGAUAGUAAAAGCUCUUUCUCCUGCCCAUAACAUUGGUAAAAAGAGACUUUUUAGAGAAAUCCCCUAAAAUUUUUAACUAGUGUUAGGACUAAAAACCUAUACUGUGUUUGCUUCAUAACUAAAUCACUGGGGGACAGUAGGACUGAUCUGUCAACUGAUUUUCUGUGUUCUCAAUAAAUGUUGGGUUUGACUUUAAAAAAAAGGAGAGGGGAAUGCCAAACAGAUAAACAGCCCACCUUAUUUAAAAAACAAAAAGGGGGAAUCUGUGGGGCAUACAUGGGCUGCAAAGAGGGUGCUGAGAGAAAUGUAGAUAAAUAGAGCUUAAGCUUUAAGAUGUUUAUGCAGAGAGUGGAUACAAAUGGUACCAGAGGAAGUUAAAGCUGUUUGUGCAGAGAAUAGAUACAAAGGAUGGCUAAGAGGAAGUUAUCUUGGGUUGUUUGUAUGGAGAUUAAAGAGGAAUAGUGAAAAAGAAAGUUAGCUCAAGUUAUUUAUGCUAAGAUAAGAUACUAAAAACAGGAGAUGAUGUCAGGGCAUAAACAACUUGUAAAUAAGGUGAACUUUAAAAUGAUUGGUUGGUUCCUUCACCCCCUCCUAGGGUUUUGAGGUUUUCUGGUGUAAAAGAGGCUUACUGCCUAUCAAUAAACAAGUUCUUGCUU